AUGGAUCAAGUUUCCAACCAUGAACUGACGGAGGCCAAGCGGAUAUUGCAAAGCAAGUAUAAAUUUCCGACAGCAAUAGGUGUAAUUGAUUGUACACAUAUAGGAAUCCUGAAACCAAAUCGCCAUGGAGAUGAGUAUAUCAACCGAAAAGGGAAACCUACUUUAAAUGUGCAAGCCACUUGUGAUGCCAGAGAGAUUUUCACAAGUGUUAUGUCAGAUGAUUCCAGAAUAUGGAGAAAUUCACAGACUAGAUCACAACUAAUAAAUAAAGCAAAUGUACUACUUGGCGAUUUCGGUUAUGGUAUUGAGCCAUGCCUUAUGACUCCCUUCAGAAAUCCUACUCCAGGUGCAGAAAUAAAUUAUAAUAAGCUUUUAAAACAACAAAGAGUUAUAAUUGAACGCUGUUUCGGCCAACUGAAAUGCCGGUUUCCUAUCCUACAGUAUGUUUGCCGCGUAAAGUUGUGA